AUGUCAAGGAUCUUGGAUUGGAGAAUUCUGCUGUUAGUAAUUUCAUUUUUAACAAGUCUGCAGAGUGCAAAGGUACUUUCAGAAUGGAAGAAGUGUGGCGAUCGAGAAUGUGAGACAGCAAUGAGCAGAGUUCAAGCCAUUGCAGACUACUUAGGGCCCGAUUGCCGAUAUCUUAACUUCAAAAUAGGGGAAGAGAUAAUGGUAUACUCCAAACUUUCAAGGAAAAAUGAAAAUUUGUGGACAGGAAGUAAAGGAAAGGAAUUUGGGUAUUUCCCAAAAGAUGCUGUGAAGGUUGAGGAGGUUCUUAUUGCAGAAGAAGUUGAAGUGCUCACUAAGGAAACUGAUUUCCUUUGUCUUCACGGAGAUAAGUACACUUUUGAAAAUGAAGAUAGCGCAUUACACGAUCACAGCAAAGAAAGGGAACAUUCAUCAUCUGACGCAGAAUCAGAGCUGCACAAAAAUGAACUCUUAAGACAUGCAGGAGACUCCAUGCAAAAGGAAGAAAGAGUAGAAUCGGUUUCUGAAAAUGAUGCCAAGCAAUCCCACACUCAGGAGGAGUCUGCAAGCCAGAAGUUGGUUAUCAAAAACGAGCACAGCAAAGACGAUACUGAAGAGCCACAAAUGCAAAACAGCCUCCCAGUAGAACCCAUCGCAACCCAGUCUAGUUGGAUUGCAGGAUGGUUCAGUGGAGGAAGUAAAAAUGAUGAAAAGCCCUUAAAAGCCAUUACUGAGUCUUUAGAAGAAAAUACAUACCGAGGCAGAAAAAUAGUGGUAACUGCUGAGAAUGACUUACAGGAGCCAAAUGAUAAGGAGGACAAAGAACCCCCAGCAUCUGCUUGGUUUCAAGGUGGAAUAACAGACUUCCUGUAUUUUGGAGAAGAGAAUGCGGAUGUUGGUUUGGCAUUAGAAAAACAUGAUCCACAAAUCCGUGAUGUUUCUGGUGUGCCUGGACAUUCCAGUAAUGAGCAGGAAACAGCAGUCACAGAGUUACUGACAGGAGAAGAAAAGAUUGAAAGCCAAGAAUCCAAAUCAAAUUGGUUCAAUUUGGGACUAAGUAAUGUUCUUAAUUUUGGCCAUGCUGAGAAAGAUGCAGUUGCUAUGGAAGACCAGCCAAGCAGAGAAACAGAGGGUGACGCAAAUAAGAAUGAAGAAGUGCAGACUUCAGACCCGAAAGAAUCACACGUGGACGAAGAAUCAAAGGAGACAGUUAAAGCAGGGACAGAGGAAGAGAUUUAUGCACAUGAAAUAAUAGAUUCAAACAGUGCCAUGCCGAACCCUGGGGAGAUAUCGGCAGGUGUGGGUACUCUUAAUGACACCAAAGGCACCACAAAUAGCACAGAAUCAUCUUUUGAUACACCAACAGGUGACAAAGAGAAGCCAAUGGAACCUUACAGUUCAGAGCAAGACUUGGUAUCGGAAAACCAACUGCUGAAAACCAAUGAAGAUAAAAAGAGAAAUCAGGAGUCAGAAAGCAAACACAGCCAGUCAGGAGGAGGCAGUAGAAGAAAGCUACUAGGAGAGGCACCAGGGAAGGACUAUGAAAUGACUGUAGACAGUGAAGGCGACAGUGACCAACAUGCAACAGCAACAGCGAUUCCUUCAGUAAAUUCUGAGGAAAAAAUGGACGGUUCACUAGCUGACUCUCCGUUUGAUGUCAAAAAGCCUUUCUCAGAUGCCCUCCAGAACUACGUUCCAAGAGGAGGCUUGAUAUAUCAGAUACUCCUGUGCCUGAACGCUCUAGAGAUCGGGGAAUCAGUAAAAUCUGUAUUUUCAGCAGUGAUGAGAAUUAUCAAAAAG